AUGGGAGUCAUCCAUGAGUCGGUUGACUUCCCGUUCUUGCAACUCCUCUCAAUUCAUUCAGCUACUGGAUUUCUGCUGAGCAAAUGGAAGGGCAUCAGAGAAACUCCAGAUAAGGAAAAUACUAACUGGGAAAGUAAAGAAACAAACUACAAAAGGCCACGAGAAUGUGAAACAGAAGAAUUACCCUUGUCCGUCCAGGCUGCCAUGCCCACUGCUGGCCCCUCCACCGCUAGCAUACGAGCCAUCCUCUGUGGUGGUCUGCCACACGGAUUGCCACGCCUGAGAAGGGGGCAUAGCCUGUGCGUAAACACCUGGAUCCACCCCAGGCACAGCUGGCCGGCCCAUCAUUGGCUGCCCCAUGGGCGGGUAAUAGUAGGGCACGCCGGUCACCCCAGCUGCAGCCGCUGGUGGGCCCACGAUCCCCUCGAGGGCCGCCACCUCAUCCUUGAUUUCAUCCCUCGGCACAAUAUCAACCAGAAAAUCAAAUAUGUCGGUGCGCGUGAUAGCAGCGGCGAUGUCAUUCUUCUGGAGCGUGCGGCGCUUGUUCUCCUCCGCGUGGAGCCACGAUCUCAUGGUGAGCUCGAGUAUGAAGAGCUCGCACGCCUUGGCGAAGAGUAUUGGGGCCUCUGCAGAUAUCAUGCGCACGUCCUCGUCGGCCUUCAUGAUCUUCUUGAUGCGGGCCAGCGGGAGCUGGUGAUUUUUGAAAUCGUUCACCUGCUCGAUCUCCUGGCGCUGAAAAUUCCAGAACGUCUGGAGAUGAUGCUGCUGCUGUUCGAGGAGGUGGUGGUAGGGGGGCUGCGGCGGGUACCCCGCGGCCGCCUGCGGUGGGGCCGCGCCUUGCUGCAGGUUGUUCUGUUCCAUGGUUCGUCUGCUCGAUUUGAGGGAAGGGAAUAG